AUGGUAAAAUUAUGCUCCGACUGUGGCAUGAAUGCGGCGAGAUUGUCAAAAACGUCACAAUUACACGCAACAAAAAGCUCUCUUAAGACGAUCAUCGUACAUGGAGUUACGGCUUGUCCCAACCAAAAUCGAAUUUCAACCAAAUUAACGGGACUUUCCUUCUACAACAAGCGCGGAAAAUCAUAUUUGAACUUAACUGCUGACUUUAAAGAGUCUCUCAAAGCUCCUCUUUCGAUAAAAGUUGAAGGAGAAGUCUGUGAAGUGCAUCGGGAUCAAUGCAAAAGCAUUCCGGGCAUCAAUUACGAUCAUUUUUGUUCCGUUUUUGGCGAAACUUAUUACGGAGCAACGUAUUUUGCGAAGUUAAAACCGCCAAUUAUGGGAUGUCCCAUUAAAAAAGGAACUUACGUGAUGGAAAAUGCAGAAAUCAAUCAUGAGGAAAUUUUGAAGACUAUUCCGUUCCCGAUAGGACGUUACAAGUUCAAAAAUGUAGUUUACGACAUGAAAAGCGGCAAACGACGCCCUGUUAUUUGCUGGAUUUGCGAGUUUCGGGUCCAAACGACGAGUAAAAGAACAAUGCAAACAAUUAAGACAACUGUUCUUCACAAAGUCACAAUCUGCUUAAUUAUCGUCGUUAACAUAAAUUGUGCGGUGUCGCAGUACAAUGUGCCCUACUAUUACGAACGAUCUCCCGUUUCAACGUCACUCGGCGAUGCCAUACAAUUUCUGCGUGAUUUUGAUCGCGAAGCGGCGGAACUCUGCAAUCGCGUGGCGAACACGGAAUGGCGAUUUUCGACCAAUUCGACGGAUUACAACAAACGAAAGAUGCGAGAACAGCAAAAUUUGGCCUCAAAGUUCGAGUGUUUGAGUUGGCGACGUGCCUCGAUGUUUGAUACGACACGAAUUUUGGAUUCGAAUACGCGACGACAGCUCGGAAGAAUUGUGACGCAAGGCAAAUGUGGCUUAGGCGAGGAACGAUAUCGGGAAAUUACGCAACUGAUCACGUCGAUGAAGGAUAAUUACAAUAAUGUGAAAAUUUGUCCGUAUCGCGGGCAAAGUCCCAAUUUGUAUGGAGAUCCGUAUGAAGCAGUAAGGCAACAAUCGAGAGAAAGUUAUGUAACGGCGUACACGGGAUUUUGUGACUUGCGUUUGGAUCCCGAUUUGAACAGAAUUAUGGAAAAUAGUCGAUCCGAGUCGGAGCUGAGAUACGUUUGGACUGCAUUUCGGGAUAAAACGGGACCUCCAAUCAAAAAUACGUUCAUGAGGUAUUUGGAUUUGGCGAAUCAGGCAGCGGAGAAACAUGGCUUCCGUGAUGCAGGCGAACAAAUGCGAAACAUGUACGAAGAUCCAGAUUUCUUCUUUACCGUUCAAGAAUUAUGGACCAAAGUUCAACCUUUAUACAAAAAACUCUUCACUUUUGUCCGAAAAGGCCUCGUUCGUCAAUAUGGCGAAGGAAUUCUUCGACGAGAUGGUCCCAUACCCGCUCACAUUCUCGGCAAUAUGUGGGCACAAGAUUGGCGAAGCUUAUUCCCGAUCGUUCAAGGCAUCAAAGAAACGCCCGACGUGACAAAAGAAAUGGUUCGUCAAAAUUACACUCCGUUAAAAAUCUUCCAAUUAGCUGAAGAAUUCUUCACUUCGAUGGGACUUCCGCCAAUGCCUCCCGAAUUCUGGCGAAAUUCCCUUCUCCAAAAGCCAAAUGAUGCAUUUGUUCAAUGUACCGCUUCCGCAUGGGAUUUCUGUAACAAUGUCGAUUUCAGAAUUAAACAAUGCACUCAAGUCACAUUGCAAGAUUUUAUCAAUUCGCAUCAUGAAAUGACCCACAUCCAUUACUACAUGCAAUAUUCGACGGCAAACAAGCCAUUUGUCUAUCGCGAAGGUCCCAAUCCGGCAUUUCAUGAGGGCAUUGCGAACGCUAUUGGAUUGUGUGUUGGAGGUCCUGUGCAUUUACAGCGAUUGGGGAUAUUGAAAUCGCCGAUAAUAGCGACAACGGGAACAACAAUGCUGAAUAUCGAGUAUUUGUUGACGGUAGCUUUGGAUAAAUUACCGUUUAUGGCGUUUAGUAUUGCUUUGGAGAAGUGGCGUUGGUACGUCUUCGAAAAGGGACCCGAACAAAUGAACGAACGCUAUUGGGAGCUCAAACUUCGUUAUCAAGGCGUAAUUCCCCCGUCAUCUCGUAACAACGCUCAUUUCGAUCCCGGAUCCAAAUUUCACGUCAUUUCCGAUCAAGACUACAUCAAAUAUUUCGUCGCGACAAUUUUACAAUUCCAAGUCUUCAACGAACUUUGCAUGGUUGCCAAUCAAAAAACGACGAGUUUGCACACGUGCGACUUUAGCGGAAGUCGUGAAGCGGGAAGACUUCUUGCUGACAUUAUGCAACAAGGCGCUUCGAUGUCAGCCUCUCAAUUGAUCAAAUUGAUGACGAAGGGAAAAACUGCUCGAUUGUCAGCUGAACCGCUUUUGGAGUUUUUCAGACCGUUGGAGGCAUGGCUCGACACACAAAUCCAAAAUGAACCCGUAAUUGGAUGGAAUUCGAAUAUGGAAGAUGUUUCGCUGUUUCAACAAUUCCUCGGAAGAAGCGGAAGUUCAAAAAGCUCCGCGGCUUUCGUCGUUCUUCUUACCUCACAAUUUUAUCUUUUACUAACUUUUAAUUUUUUGUUUUAAAUUAA